AUUGAAAUUGCUCCUGAAUAGUUGGAGAUUAUUGGGGAAUGUUCUAAACUGAAGGCUGCUGAUCCAGGGCCCUUUCUCGAAGAUCCGCGGUUCGAAGAAGAUCAGUGACAUAACUGACAAUUUUUUGUCACUGGUGACCCAGUUCUCUACAUUAAAAAAGCUACGCUGAACGAAAGCAAAAAGAAACACACGAAAUACCGAAAAUGAAAAGAGAUUUCAAGUGGAAGAUGUGAUAAAAAUGAAGGAUUAUACAAUUCACAUACAAGAUUUGUUGAUGAAAGUGCUGCAAAAAAAAGAAAGCAAAAUUGCAAGCGAAAUUAGACGAAUUACAAAAAAAGUAGUAAAUCUAGAUAAAGACACUAACAUUACUGAAGUUCCCACUCUAUCUAACAACAAUAAAACAGAAACACAUGCAGAACACCGAGUAACAGUCAAAGAUACAAACAUUAAUAGAAAUUUGGUUACUUCUACAGAACAACUAGAAAAGACAGUUAUAAUAAAACCAAACGAUAAAAAUCAAAAAUGUUUACACACAAAAAAGGUACUCUGCAAAUAUAUAAAUCCUUCAAAAAUAAAUGUCUCUAUAAAAAAAAAUUAGCGAUCAGAAAGAUGGGGCAGUGAAAAUUGAAUGUAGUAGAAAACAUGUAGGCUUCAGAGAGGAAUUCGAUAAAGAAGAGAUGAUUAGAGACUUGAAAGAAAGAAACAAUAUUAUAAGCAGUGAUUCGAUGGUAAACGUAGUGCCAA